AUGGAUAGUAAAAACGAUGGUGAUGUACAAACUGCUGAUCCUAAAAAGAAAAACGAGGGACCUAUUACAGAAAAACCAAAAGAAAACGAAGCCGGAACAUCCGCUGCUAAACCUAGUGAAUCCGCUGCUAAACCUAGUGAACCCGCAAAUUCAUCCAAGGCGGAUUUCGAUAAUGUAGAUUCGUUGAAAAAAUUUCUUGAAGAAGAAGCCUCACCCGCAUGUCCGUUGAAAAACAACAAUCAACUAUAUUGUUCUGAUCGAGAAACGGCGAAAACUUUGAUGUAUUUAAUAGACAGUAGAGAUCGCCAAAAGGUGUCAUCAUGGAUAAGAAAACUUGACAAAAUGAAUGACAAGGAGGGAAUGUUAGAACGUGUGAUCUACAUUAGGUACCUGGUGGCCACACUGAGUGGAUCGCUGGGAUUGGUGGAACCGUUCUCGUCUAUGCCCCCGGAAGUAGUAAAACCUUUACAAAUGAUCUUACCAGGACCAGUAUAUACCGACUUACUGAAAGACGCACCCGAGACAGUUGUCAGGAAAAAAUUAUAUGCUCAUAAAUUGCCUACUUCGAAUAGUCUAUUGCUACAAGACAAAAAGUUUUAUGAACAACAACUGUUUCCACCAGAAGGCAUUAUAUGCUAUGCGGCUGCUUUCAGUAUCAUAUAA